AUGGACUCGGGGAAGAUCCCACCAAAGGACCAUUCCGGUCCAUCUCAAUCCCGCCAUCCUACCUCCGCGUCUCAUACUCGGAGCUCUUCGGCCACGACGCCGUUCCCUCCACUUGCGUCCAAGAAAGCGACGCGAGACUCUUUGACCUUCUCUUUUCCCCCGCUUUUCCAACCCAACACGUCCUCGACCUCACUUAUUCCUUCGACUGCAGAGGGGAAGCCCAUACCUCUUGACGACAGCACUGCCGCCCACCGCACUUCAGCUCUGCGCGAGCUCAAUAGCAAUUACCCGUCUCGUCACCGCUACGCCAAGUCUACCGGCGCCCAAAGCAGUACUUACUCACAGCCAGUCAUCGUCAGGACAUAUUCUGGCUCACAUAGCCGACCCACGAGCACAAAUCGGAGCAACGGUGGUAGCGCCGGUCUUGGCCCAAGGUCCACCUCAUCCGUUGUGAGCGGCCCGGCGGCAUCUGUUCGGCGCAUCAUUGCUCUGCGAACACCCUUUGGCGGCAGCAAGUCGGCUCAAAAUGGCGGUCUAAGCAUGGCCAGAGGAAUGGCAAAGAAGCGACUGGAAGGACAAGAGGCUAUGGCCAAGCUCCCUCCCGUAGAGGCUUUCGGCUUCAAGAGCAUGAUGGCCAACAUCGAGUCGCAGGAGGGGGACAACAACAUCAACGCCGACCUGGACCGCAUCGCUGAAAUAUGUGCCAGGUCUCGAUACUCAUUGAGUAGCCAGUAUGAAGUUCACGUCGCGCCUCAUGGCUCCGGCGCGUCCUUCGUCAGCCACGCAUCAUCUUCCCGACGCCAGCGUCACAGUGUGGGACCUACUCUGGAAGCCGUAUCAGAUGACGAACGAAGACAUAGGAAGCGACGCAGUAAUGGUAGGAGGAGGAGCAUAGCAAUGGGGACGCUUGAAACCAUCAUGUCGUCCAGCCGGUCUUCGGAGGAAGAUAAGUCCAAGAAGAAGUCGGCAGCUGAGAUUACAGCAGAGGUGCGAGGUAGGGCAGCAGCUCGGAAGUCGGGCAGCACGACGCCUUCGUCUACAGUCAGUGAAGAAAGGCCCUCGAAACAAGAAGAGAAGGACAAGUUGCCUCCUCUGGUCAGGAGGAAGUCGUCGUCGUUCGCGACGGCCAUGCUAGAGAGCACACGACAGAGCCUGACGGCCAGCAACCAGGCAUCACCACGAAGCUCGGCGAAUGCUUUGGUGAGCGAGCCGGCUCUGCCGAAGACUUCGACGAGCCACCUCGAAGUUCGGACGGACGUAGAAGAGAGCGUGGUGCAUCGCCAUACCCGUAAAGAUUUGGACGAAAGACUGCAGCACGAAGUGUCCAAACCACAACAGCGCGAAACUUCAACCCAGCUCGAUCAGACGAAGAACACCAGGGGUCUCUUGGCGGGGCUCACCGGCUGGGUGCCUUGGAGACUACCGCCCAUCGUGGGAUUGGGAUCGACUUCCGCUCAAGGCGGUGUUCCCAGGAGCCAUGCCGAGGGAAGCUUGCGGGAUCUGCUCAAGACAACUGACACUAAGAACAAGGGAAAGGCCAUCGAAGGCCAGGCUUGA